GUCAUUUUAGGGUGAUUUAAAAUGAUAUAUUAUAUUGUAAUACCAUUGUGUGCUAGUACAUUUUUUUGUAAUAUGCACCUACAGUGUCACGUGUCAUUUCAUUUGUUGAUUUGAUUUGAUGAUAUAAGAAACCUUUGCAGGUGUCGCUUUUUGGCCAGUACACAUAUCAUUAAAGCCAAACAGUCCUUGUCAUUUUGAUAGUGAACAGAAACCACCAUAUUAAAAAAGCUUUCAUACCAGACUGAAAUCUAAACAAUUUCGAACAUGGCUUCAAGGUAAUUCAUUUUUUAAAAUUUUUUAACAUUUACAUUUCAAUCAUUUAAUUAUUGAUUGUUUGGCAUUGGUUCGUUGCCACGAGACUCUUUCAGUAGUUAUGAAAGGGAUAGGGUAGAUGAAAUGAUGAGAUUCUUGUAACUUUUGGAUGACCCUUUCUUGACAAAGACAGUCCCCAUCAAUUGUCCCCAGGCUUUAUCCCCCCUCUUUUUGAGCCCGGGAGACGUUUUGUAUCUUUUGUUUGUUUAUCUGUCAGACUCACUGGCUUUAGUUUGAUUUAGUAUUGUAGAAGUUGAAGCAUGUUAUCCAUAGUAUUGCACAAAACCAUCUAAAUGUCCGUAUAUACACAGACGUUGUAUUUAUUCCAUUCAGAUUGUUUCCCAUUGACGGUUAGAUGAUCAUGAUUGAUAUUUAGAUAUUGACAUUAACUAGUUAAAAUGGUACAUAUAACAUCUUAUUUUUCAAUAUAGGGCUCACAAUGUCAAUCCUUCAUUGAAAUUGGUUAAAUAUUUGGUUUUAUUCAACAUAAUUUAGAUGUUUUGAAGUUAGUGGAAAUUGCUGCUAUUGGUGUGUAUAUGUAGGCCCUACCCGUUAAUGAAAUAGCUUUACCUCCAUUGGCCCUAUCUGGUCACAUGGUUCUCUAACUUUAUUCAGUUGACAGCAAAUAGGAGGGCUUUAUGGUGGUGGAAAAAAGACAACUCGAGAAAACAUUGUAAUUUCUACCUUCAUAAAUCAAUGGCCAUGAGUUCGUAUAUGCUGAACUCUAAGUAUGUGGACCCACAAUUUCCCCCUUGUGAGGAAUAUUCGCAAAAUAGCUAUCUACAUGAACAGGGAAGAGGCUACUACGGUCCAUCGCAGGACCCAGAUUUGCAGCAUCCAGGAAUCUAUCCACGGUCAAACUACCCCGAGCAGCCCUUCAGUUGUACCACUGUGCAUGGUCCUACAGUAGAGCCACGGGGUCAUGUGCAGGGGCGAGACAGCCACCCUAGCACUUUUACCGCACAGACCGAACCGUGUACCCCGGUCCAAGUGACUGGACCCCGGACUUGUGGUCAGCAACAAAACACAAAGAAUCAAAACGGGAUACAAGCCAAGCAGCCUGCAGUAGUUUAUCCCUGGAUGAAGAAAGUCCACGUAACUACGGUAAACCCGGAUUACACAGGACCUGAACCCAAACGGUCUCGGACAGCUUAUACAAGACAGCAGGUUUUGGAACUGGAAAAAGAAUUUCAUUUUAACAGGUAUCUGACCAGGCGGCGUCGCAUAGAGAUUGCCCAUAUACUCGUUCUCUCCGAGCGUCAGAUCAAAAUCUGGUUUCAAAACAGAAGAAUGAAAUGGAAAAAAGACCACAAACUACCGAACACAAAGGGAAGAGCUGCUUCUGCUUCCGGUCAACAGUUACCAAGUAUCCAGAAGGAUAACCAGACUGAUGUCACAACUUUCUAAGAUGGGAAAACUUUGACCGUUCAAUGAAUUGUAUAUAACAUACUAUAUUAUACAAUUGACUUUGCAUGGUCUCAAAACAUGACAUUUUGGUCAUUGUGAUUUAACGUACAAUAGUUAUAUAAUGUCAGUUACAGUCAGAAGGACCCUCGUUGUGUUGGCUCAUUGAGUUGAGUCAAUUUCCAACAUUGUAACUGAACUGAGAAGCGUUUCAUCACUACAUGCUUAACAUGCUUCGAAGAGCUAUUGCAGGUCGAAAGAAAUUUUAUUAGAGAUGUUUUCUGAUUAUACUCUUCUCGCUGAUUCUAUAAUGUCACUCUUCCCACAAGCACCACAAAAGUCAGAGUAAGGCAUGAACAUGUAUAUAUUUAUUUAAAAAAAUAAAAAAUACGUAAAAUGAUGUGAA